AUGGCCAACGUAAACGUAGAAUUGCACGAAAUUCCCAUCACUCCCCAAGACGAAGACGACAUAUACGACCUGAUGAAGGUAUCGUACGUGGAUCGAGGACCUUUGUGCGUAGGACUUCACAUGACCUUCGAGGAAUUCUAUCCGAUGCUGAAGAAGGUCCUGCCGCCGACCUUCGGCAGUCAGGUCAGCUUCGGUUUGAGGGAGAAGUCCUCCGGGAAGCUGGUCGCCUUCAUACUCAGCCGGAUUCUCCUGCACGAGGACGACCAAGAAAUAUUCCCCAAGGGAGGAUUUGAAACCGAAAAAUCGAACCAUUACACGAAAGUGCUCCACGACUUGUGUUCAGACAUCGAUGUCUUGCAAGACGGGAGAUUUAAAAAGCAAUUGGAGUUGCAGUGUCUGUCUGUUCAUCCAGACUACAGCAACAGAGGCCUGGGAAGAAAGCUUCUUCAGAUGAGCGAGGACAAGGGCAAGGAGCUGGGCUGCGACGUGGCCACCAUGCAAUCAGUGAACGCCUUCACAGACCGCAUAGCCAAGAAGAUGGGACACUCCACCGUCAGGAGGACGGACAUUGCGACCAUCAAACAUGGGACGGGAAGGCCCCUGCUGGACGUGGAUGCCGUCAGGAAUGGGUUGGGCACCUCCUAUUUCACCUAUUUCAUGAAGGAGUUGUGAAGCUGUACACCUGCGAGUUAUAUAGAUGGCUAAGCCAAUCCUCAUAACCUCAUGUAGAAUUACU